GUAGACGUUUUGGCGUAAAACUCAAAUCACGAGCGGGAGAAGAAGCAGUCGGUUCCUGAAACUCAGCGACGACGAUUGAACUGUUUCUAAAUCCGAAUAAUGUUGCUUUAGUAAAAAGACUUGUUUCCCGAACGAGCUGAAACCUGCGACACGUUCGAUUGAUUUGUUUUUACCGUCGAAGAAGAAAAAGAAGAAGAGUUACGGAGGAGCCGUGAUUCAUCAGUUCAAAGAUGAUCAUGAAGGGGCAGAAGCGCAAAUUCCCACCAGAGGACGUGGAAGUUUCCGACGGAAGCAGCCUGACCUGGGAGAGCCAGCGACAGUUUGUGUUCUCCGUUUCCCUGAGCAAGUAUCAGCGAGGCCAGGAGCUACCUGAGCCCAGCCUGCGGAGGUCGGUGCUGAUCGCCAACACACUGCGACAGAUCAGCCUCGAGGCCUGCAGAGCCCCCUCUGUAGAGGUAUCACCAUGCAGCUCUUCAUCUGCACUCCAGGCGAAGGAGGAGGAGGAGAGUAUUUUCACCGGUGUUACAAAACACCAACCUGCUGAAGCGGUGAUUAACAGCCACUCAGCUCUUGCCACCUGCCCCGAGGUUUCCUCUGGUUACUCAUCAAAUUGUGUUACAAGUAGGUGUCAGGCAACCUGCCACUCAUAUACAUCCAAUGUUCCGCUGUCUUUAGGAGACGAAGAUGAGGACUGGGGGUCGAUGUCCACUGAUCCUGAUUUCUCCCUUUCAGCAGCCAUUUCCUCCAUUCUCUCCGCACUGGACUCCACCAUUGACGGGAGCCCUCAGGCAGCUCCUCGGACACCUCUCCGCUCCUUGGAGAACCUGUCGAGGUCCCCAGAGGGAAGUGCAGCAUGGGUAAAACAGGGAGUCAGAGGUUAUGGGGGCAGCUGGGAGCAGCAGGAGGAAUGCAGGGUGUGGGAGAGCAAUGUGGAGGUGAUGUGGUCCAGCUACCUCAGCGAUCUCACCGUGGAAGAUCUCUUCCAGGACAUAGACACAUCCCUGCUGGAGAGGGACAUGGGAGUGUUUGGGCUCAGAGGCAGUGGAGGUGGAUACCCAGCCGGGGAUGAUCUUCUCCGCUACCUGCCGCCUUUCUCUCCCUCCUCACACUCCUUCUCCCUCUCUCUCAACCAGAAUCUGAAGUGUCUGCCUUCUUUAUCCUCAUUCAGCCCAUUGUCUUCCUUGUCGCCUUCUUCGCCUUCUCUCUCCUCGCCACCGUGUUCUGUCUUCUCUGGCCACAAUCAUGCGAGAGAAGGACUUGAGCUGGAGCACCUGAUGGAGAUCCUGGUGGAGUCCUGAGAGCCUAGUCAGCUUCAUCAUACUGUAUACAGGAAGUUACCUGAACACCAUUCACUAACUUAGUGGACAAAAACUAUUCUUCAAAUGGACUGUCAAACAUGUCCAAUAUUGUCUUUGCUGUUCAUAUAUAUAACUGCUCAAUGAGCGAUGUAUUAGAGGCUGUAGAAAGUAGUACGAGUGUUAUUGACAGGUAGAAAUGGUUCACGUGUAAGACAGAAAAUACAAGAGAAGCUGUGAUGCGCCUGACAGCUCCUCUUGUAAGUUGAAGUACAGAAAACAGGAAGGAUUUGUGUUACUGCUAAAAUGGAAGUCGACUGAGGGUGAAAAUCAAGUCAGAUGAGGCUCAGUGAGUCACCACAUAAUGAGCUGUAGAAAUGCAUUUUAUUACUAAUUCCAGUGUGACUCAGAUAAUCAGAAAUAGUGCAGUGCCUGUGUAAAGAUCAGGAUCUUGUGUUCAAAUUGUAAAGACAAAAAUUAUUAAUUCAGGAGAUGUGAGACAAAUUCCUUUAUAACCAGUGUAAAACGUUGACCUGAGAUCUGGGAGGAUGUGAUUUGGCUGGUGUAGGAGGAAGGUGGUUGAAACACUAAAAUUAUUGGUCAAAUCUUCUGUGAAGAAAUUCUUUAACCUCAUAUUUAUUAGUUGGUUAUAACUGAGGGAAUCACGUCAGAAAAAAAGAGAUCAGGAUUUUAACACGGUCGAGCUUCCCAGGAAAAUGUGACUGUUAGACUGGUCUGAAUAGGACCAUAGUAACUCGAAACAUUGAGAGAACGAGAGGUUCGACCAGGAGAAGAAAUCCAUAAGAACCAGUAGUUUGUGCAGUUAGGAAAUAAGAAAAAAGAAACUGAAAGUUUUAAUUGUGUUUAAUUCUUGAAGCUUUUCUUAAGCUUAAUUUUCACCAGUGAUAUUUUAGUGAUCAUCACAUUUCAUUUAUAUAUUCCUGUAUUCGCAGUAUAGAAAAAAGUUAGUCCUUCGACAUCUGUGGAAAAAGCACAACUCUUUAAAAACUGUUUAAACCAGCUGACAGUCAAAUCAUGACUCAAAUGAGGAGUAAAGCUAAAAUUAGUUCCAUCCGACAUGUGCGAGUGCAGCUGAGAAACCACAGUAACACGUCGUCUUCCUGUCACGACUCCACGUGCAGAGUAUUCGAUAUCUGAGAGAGGCUUUUAUUCAGAGAGCCUUUACAGUGCUGAGAUGGAACACAAACGCCCUCAGAAGGUAGAAUGUGACAGUACAGGCCCCCCCACCCUGUAGGUGUCAUGUUAUUUAAAGUCACAACCACUACUCAACCGCUUCUAUGAUACUGAUGUAGAAGAAGUUUAGUUUGGUUUACAUCUGAAAUAUUGCACUUUUGUUAAUGAUAUGCAUUUGAAAUCUGGUGUCAUGUGGUUUAUGUUUUACUCUGUAUUUAUUUAAAUGUUACAUUACAGGUAAGAUUUGGCCUAAUUGUCCCUUGUCAGACCUGUUAAGUAAAGUGUGGUCCUGUUAAAUGUUCUGUUGAUGCAUAUUGUUGAAAAUAAGGUGUGCUGACUGUAACGUCAUUGGUUCUAGAUGUUGAUCCGUCGUUUUAACCAACACUGCUGUAACCACAUGACAGGAGUGGCUGAGGAAGCACGCGAGGAGGAUGUCUGUUAGAUUUCGGUUUUAUCAUGGAUCAAAGUUGCUUUCUGUGCUAAGCUUCUUUGAACAACAGGGACGUCGUCUCAAAACUACUCUGAAUCUGCAUAUUUUGUGAACAAGAUGAGUAAUUUAAUGUACCAUGUUUGACAAUUCAAUACUGGUUUAUUAAUAUUCUGUUAUGGCAGUUAUUUUUAUUAAUUUUUAUUUUCUCUACAAAUAUUUUAAUGGUUGUUUUAAAAUUGAGGGCAGAAUGCUCAGAUACUAUGUAUUUAGACUUUUUUUUAAAGAAGGUAAAUGUUUACUUGUACUGACGUUUUUAAUAAAACGUGAAAAUGAAAUUGUGCUUUAUUUGAAUUUUUAGCAGAUAAGUGUCACACAUAGGGUUGCAAAAUUCGGAAACAAAAGUUGGAAACUUUCUAUGGGAAUUAACGGGAAUAUAUGGGAAUUAACGGGAAUAAAUCUUAACUUUACAAAAUUGGAGAUUGGCCCUCAACAGGGAACUUAAAUAUAUUGUAGCACAAUCUUAGCUAAAACAGCCAUAUUUACUUCACGUACACUCCUCAAUCACAUGCACACAGCUU